AUGAUGUCCAAACGGUCUCCCAGUCGCACAAUGGAAAGCUUUGAAAUUGAAAAUGCUUCCAGCAGUGCUUCGGACGAGGCUGACUACAGACAUCCUCAUACGGCCUCCUCCGCACAAGAUGGAUUUGCAUCGUCAUUUGGCCAAACCACAAAGCGGCGACAGCACACGAUAUUCGAGCAACAACCUAGUAUUGCAAAGGCGAAGAAAUUGGCAAUUGUGCGAUACGUUGGCCUCUCAACUCUGGCUGUGAUAGCCUCCGUCAUAUGCCCAGGCAAUACGAUAUUCUGGCAGGAUCCCAGUUCCACCCAAUACUACAGCCUCGAGAUCACAGUCAUCUAUAUUAUCGUCAUGAUCUCAUUUUUCAGUCUACAAGAUUCUGAUCCUGGAUGGCUCACAGCAACCAUCCUGGAACAAUCGAUUGAAGGAGGCGAAGCACUUCUUGGCAAGGAAUCAGUCGACGUAAAUGGUAAAGAAGAACGAGAGACACAAGACGCUACUCACGAUGAUUUAGAAAGUGCUAUUGGCGGAGGAGCUCAGUCAACCUUGCAAGCCACCGCACUACACGAAACACCUGGCAUGAAAAAUGACCCUCUUGCAUCGCCAUCCAACAAAGCGUCAAUGGAGGAAGAGUUCGGUGCAUUUGGAUCAUCGGUCGCUCCAUUGGCGCUAAAGUAUCGUAAAGGAUGUGUCCUCUGCGCUAUUCCAAAGCCACCUUUGCGUUCUCAUCACUGCAAAAUAUGCAAUAAAUGUGUUGCUACUUUUGAUCAUCAUUGUGGCUUUUUGGCCACAUGCAUUGGGGAACGCAACCACGUUCGCUUUUGGAUCUUUGUCGGUCUCAAUGUGGUAUCCAUCCGUAUCUGCUGUGAAAUUGCCAACUCUUCCGACUACGGAAUGACAACGAUGCUAUUCAAGAACCAAGGACAAGCGCAUGACAACAACCAACUCAUUCUUCUAUCAUUUAUGGUCGUUCUCACGAAGAUUUACUUUUAUCUUGUGUGGCUAGUCGCCCAUAUCCUAUUUGUGACUCAUACCUUUUUGAUUUUGGCGAACAAGACAACCUUUGAAAUGAACAUUGGGAACAAACUGGAUUACAUGAGGGACACAAAGCCAGCGGACUGCAUCUUUUCCAAAGGAUGUUGGGAAAACAUUCGCAUUCGCUGUUUUCUGGAUGCGAUGUGCGACACCUCUUCUGCUGCCAGGACUUCACCGUGCUGUAAAUUCUGUCCCGGUGGCAAAAGCCAACCUUUCCACUCUUCUGGAGACGAUGACCACGAUGAUGCAAAUUAUUGGAGUCCCAUGAUAUGGAAACGGGAAGAAAACAUAAUACGAGAUUCAGAGGACUGGUGGAAUCACCCAUGGCAAAAUAAGUAUUGGCAGUGUUGUUGA